AUGGGUAGUUUGGAGAAAAGUGAUAUUACUAAGAUAUCAAUAAUUCAGAACUGGAUAGCUAGAUAUAUAAUGCAACAUAAGCAAAAAACAGAGUUGAAAUCUGAUAUUUCUUUAAUAAAAAGUUCUUGA